AUGGAGGAUACGAAGAUGAUACGAAGUCAUGAAACUGAGGAUAGCAAUACAACGCAUCAAAAGUUGGAGGCUGGUAACCAAUCACAGCCAGAGAUCCGUAUUCAAAUGUGUGAUUUAGAUGAUGAUACGAAGUUUCUUGAUCAAUUUAAAGGAAAGUCAAAUUCAAAUCCUGAAAUGGCGAACAGCACAACUAAUGAAGCGCCUAAAGGGAUAGGAUGGCUUCCACCGAUUUUAUUGCAAAAUAAUCAGGACUUUGUAAAUACUUACUGCUAUCCUCGGGAGUUGCCAAUCGGUCCUAUAUAUUACAAUAAGUGCUUUAAGGUACUCGGGUCUGAUCAAAAUUCUAAAGAACAAUCGAUCCCUGCUCGCCUAGUGAGAUUAUCAGAAAAGUUCAAUAAAAAAUACGCCCUCAAGAUUAAAAUGGCUACUGUGUUCAUCCAAGAAUAUUUUUCCGACCAGAAUGAGGGAGAAGAAAAUGCACUCAAAAAAAUCAAUGACGGCAUCAAAAACAUCAGAGCGGCGAUACAUACAGCUAUUGAUGCGUCAAAUGAGCAUUCACUAAUUGAAAAUGAAAAACUGGCCAGGUUGCUUUUCUUGGAUGGGUGUACAAUACUACAGUUCAUAAGGAGCUAUAUUCUGGAUGAGUUAUUACAAAAGUUUCAUAUUGAUGGUCAUCAAAAAAAAGUGAUAGCAGAAGACUUGUUCUUGCUUCAAAACCAAAUGCCCUUGAAAGUGAUCAUUGAAUUGUUAUCAAAUGUGAAUAACGUUGACAAACAAAGAGAACUGAUAGGGUAUAUUGCUAGUUUCCUUCACAUGAACAAUUUCACGACAGAUCACUCUUCAGAUUACGGCAAGUCCUUCUGUGAAAAAUUACUUUCCAAUUAUCCCAAAAAUGAGCCUCUUCACCUCCUUCAUCUUCUCUACUGCAUUAUCCGUAACAACUCUUCAGCACACCUUUCGCCUCCCGAUGCUCGUGGUAUUCAGAAUCAAGACUUUCGCAGUGUAGAAGAACUUAAAUCAGUUGGUAUAGACUUUGAGCCGAGUAGAGGCGGCUACAUUUCUUUCAGAAAUAGAUGUUUAAGCAUGAAAGGGCAUCUGAAACUCCCUUCAAUCAUUGUUGAUGAUAGGACCGAGUGUAAGAUGAUGAAUCUUGUCGCUUACGAAAUGUGUCUUCCAACAAGUACAUCUUACUUCCACGGUGGCAAAUAUUAUGCUUCCGGAGAGCAACCAACCCAAUAUCCCGUCACUUCUUACGUGAAAUUCAUGGAUGUUUUGGUCGAUAGAGGAAAAGAUGUGAAAGAACUAAGGGCCUCAAGAGUACUUCGGAACCGCCUCAGUAGUGAUGUCCAUGCAGCUAAGCUAUUUAACAAAAUGGGGUGGAAAUGCUUUGACCCAGCGUCUGACUUAUAUGCGAAUGUCAGGAAGGAGAUGGAAGAUCACUGCAAGAAUAAUUGGGCGAUGUGGAUAGCCCAAGUCCGCGACAAACAUUUUAGUAGCCCCUGGACUAUUGUUGCUCUUUUGGCUGCUGUAUUGAUUCUUUUGUUGACUGCCACUCAAACUUGGUACGCUAUCAGAUCCUGA